ACCUGCAUCGGAGCCUAAAACGUCAAAAGUUUUGUUUUUGUUUGGAAAAUUGAGAGAAAAUUUGCAUCGGGGGCGCGAUGGGAGACUUCCAAGACCACAAAAUGUUCAAGCAGAAGAGAAAAUUGACUGAUGAGGAGCUUAGAAAGCUCGCCAUUGAGGAGCUGAACCUAGAACUUGUCAAGGCUGCUGCCAGGGCCGAGGUCAUUGGAGCUUCUGGCUGGAAACCCUGCCCAUUGAAGAAGACCAACAAGAGAUUCCUCAUGUCCACUCUAAAAUCCGCCGUGAGUCACAAUGACAGAGAGAUCAAGAAAAGUCUGAAGGGAAGUUCCGAUCAACUGAGGCGCAUUGAGAAACAAAGGGAAUCUCAUCGGGAUGAAGGAUCCAGUAAAAUUGCAGUAAAGUCGAGCAGAAAAAGUAGUAAAUCGAGGAAAUUCGGCGAGAGGAAGCAUGAGUUCAGAAAGCCGGAGAAAAAGAAAUCAGAAAAAAUAAAAAAUCGGUAAAUGUUUUAAUUUUUUGUUUUUAAAAAAUAUCGUCUGGAUAUUUUUAAAAAAAAUUACUGAGCAUUUUGGUCACGGGAAACACGAAGUGGUAGAGAUUCUCGAUUGGCAACUUUGGCAGUUACAUUUGGAUGGAAGCACUUGUAGUAGGCGACUUGGAAGCUGAUGCCCAGGAUGAAGAGACCAGUGACAGCUGCUACGAAUAAGUAGAAUAAGUACAUGGGCAUCAGCUUCCAGUCCGCGUAGAAGUAGUAGGCUGUGAGGCAGGCAACGUUUUCCACGAAGCAGAUGGAGUAGAAAGUGGCGUAACGGUAGCGCGUAGGUCCUUCCUUAACGGGGAUCAGAUGGAAGAGAAAAAUAGUUCCGAUGGUCAGGGAGAAGAGGAAUUUCGUGGCGAAAUUGUAGCUGCAGAGAUUGAGAUUGGCUCUAUCGGAAAUGAAGAUGUACAGGCCAAAGAGGAGCACGUGAAUGAUGCAGCAGAGAAGGGUGAGAAGGGGACCAAUGCUGGCAAGAAGAGCAAUUGCCAGGAUUCUGGCCAGGGACAUGAACAAAUUCCAGAGAAUGUGAAACCCUUGCCCGAUGACUUUGAUCUGUUUCUUGGAGGGAGUGGCCAGUCUUAGGCAUUUCUGGUGAGAGCUCAACGUGUAGGCCAUGCUAAAAACACAGCUGACCAGUAGACAUCCCUGCCACACUGUCAUGGUUUCCUCCCCGGAUAGCCAAAUGGCAAUCUGAAGGACUUUCUGCGGCGCUGCUUCCAGAAAACAAUCAAAGAGACGCAAGAAAGUCUCAUCAGAAUCUGCCUGAAGGAGUCUAUUGUAGUAUUUCACAGCUCUCUCCUUCUGAUUCCUCCUCCUGGCCAGCCAAUACUUCAGAGAUAGCACAGAAGUUUCCCAGUAGCUGUGGAAAAAGCACAAAUGCAACUCCUGACCUUGAAUUUUCUCUCUCCUUUUUCUGAACUUACCGGAAAAUGUUGAGAAAAAUAUUCCAGGCAGCUCUGGAACAGCAGUCUUUUCGUUCAUUCCUAAGAGAUUCAUCCCUGGACCUCCUGAAAAAAUAGAAAUAAAAGACAAUUUCCAUGAAAAAAAGUCUUCCGGAAGGCCUUCAGAGAAUCUCUUACACUUCACAGCUGAUCAGGAGUGUCAAUAUCCAGGGAAUUAUGCAGCAGGCAAGGGUGUAUAUCAUGUAAUUGGCAUACCCACGAUUGUAGUAUUGGAUUGCAACAUAAAUUGUAACCCCAAAGGACACCACUCGCAUAACAAUUGAGAGAAAAUUGUAGAAAA